AUGGCUGACAAGGCAGAUCAAAGCAGCAGCACCACCACGGUGAGGCCAUUUUUGGUCUCUGAGAAGAAUGAUCAAGCACGGCAAAAUAGCCAGAGCUCCGAGCUCAGCAAAGGGGGCAUCAAAAGAACGCAGCGCCACCUUGAUGUCACAGAAGAUGACUUGCUCGAGGCCAAAGAGCUCGCAGCGACUUAUUCGCUGAUAGACUUGCGAAAUAUGAUGCAACGAGUGCUCAAACUGCAUGGCCGGGAUCCCAACUUUCCAUUGGAAAUCAUUCGAGAAAUUGAGCAAUUUCUGAAGAAUGACGACAUACUUGCAAACCCAGAGAAAUAUGAGGAGCUCAUUGAUGAAAUGAAGAUUGAAGCAGCUCUCAUCACUAAUAACUCGCCCUACGCCGAAGUUCGAGCCGUCGUCGACAACCACGACGAUCCCACCACUCCAGUGUCCACCAUUCGAGCCUGGGCAAUUGGCAUCAUGCUCUCAGUCGCGUGCGCCUUCGUCAACAUCUUUUUCAGCAUACGCCUGCCCGCCAUAAGCGUCACCUCGAACGUUCCUCAGCUGCUGGCCUUUCCGCUGGGGAAGUUCUGCGAGACUGUUUUGCCCGAUGUUGGCUUCACCCUCUUUGGCGUUCGCCACAGCCUCAACCCUGGCCCCUUUAACAAGAAGGAACACAUGCUCAUCACAAUCAUGGCCAGCAUUUCCAUCGGCGGCACUUAUACGAGCAUGAUUAUCUGGAUCCAAGCGUUGCCCAAGUUCUUUAAUCAGUCGUGGGCCAUUAAUUUUGGUUACCAGACGCUGAUUGCGCUUUCUACGAAUUUUAUCGGCUAUAGUCUGGCGGGCAUCACCCGACGCUUCCUUGUAUAUCCUUCAUUUUGCGUUUGGCCGGAAGCGCUCGGCAUUAUUGCCCUAAAUGCCUCCUUCCACGACGAAGCGAACCCAGGCGUUGCUGGUCCUUUCAAGUCCUUUUGGAAGAUGAGCCGUCUAAGAUUUUUCUGCAUCGCUGGUGGCCUCAUGUUCAUUUACUUCUGGGUGCCCAAUACUCUUUUCGCUGGACUAUCUAUCUUCGCGUGGAUGACCUGGAUCGCUCCUGACAAUCAUCUCCUGACCACUAUUACUGGCUCCCGAAACGGUCUUGGAUUGAACCCUAUUCCGACGUUUGACUGGAAUGUUGUGACGUUCUUUUCUGAUCCUCUGGUCAUUCCCUUCUUUAGCACCUUCAACAUAUUUGUCGGCAUGUUCUUUAGCAUGUUUUUCGUGAUUGGCAUCUACUUUAGCAAUGCCUGGUACACCGGAUACCUCCCCAUCACGUCCAACUCUCCCUGGGACCACUUUGCGAAGCGAUAUAACGUGACCCGAGUCCUUGAUUCCAGAGGAAUCAUGGACAUUGAAAAGUACCAGGACUACUCGCCACCUUUUCUGUCAGCUGGAAGCAUUGUGAAUUACAUGUUUUUUUUCGGCGUAUACACUGCCUCCAUUACUUACGCCAUUUUAUACCACCGUCUGGAGAUUACAAUGGGCCUGAAGGAGCUGUGGAAUACAAUCUGCCGACGGAGGAAUACGGAAGAGGACCGCGUGCUGGAUGUCCAUAACCGUCUCAUGAAGUCCUACAAAGAAGUGCCCGAGUGGUGGUAUGGGAUCUGCCUUAUUCUUGCCGUUGCGGUCGGGGUUGCUGGUAUUGUUCACUACCCUACUCAUACGAGUCCCGGAACAAUCUUCUUUGGAAUUGCUCUUACACUCAUCUUCAUUGUACCCACGGGCAUUAUUUACGCCAUGACUGGUGUGCAAGUCAGCCUAAAUGUUCUGGCCGAGUUUAUCGGUGGUUCUUGGGUGGAAGGAAACGCUCUGGCAAUGUGCUUCUUCAAGACAUAUGGUGUCGUUACGUGUCUGCAAGCACAGGCCUUUGCCAAAGACCUGAAGCUUGCACACUACCUCAAGAUUCCUCCUCGCAUUACCUUUUUCGCCCAAAUGGUCCCUACGCUCGCCACCACUUUUGUGGCCGUGGGCGUUUUGACUUAUCAAAUCACACUCAAAGAUGUCUGUACGGAAAGGGCCCCUUUUCGAUUCUACUGCCCGGGCGAGACCACCUUCUUCACUGCUGCGGUACUAUGGGGCACUGUUGGCCCGAAACGCCUUUGGGGUGUCGGCGGUCAAUAUGCCGCGACUCUGCUUGGCUUUCCUCUCGGCGUCAUUGUUGUCCUCUCUUUCUGGGCGCUCGGGAAAAAGUACCCCCACCAUAGGGUCCUGCGCCAAACACAUCCUGUCCUGUUGCUCCUUGGUGGUAUUAAAUGGGCUCCGUACAACAUUGGCUACGUAUGGGCGGCCGUUCCUCCCGCGGCCCUGUCGUGGCUCUAUCUACGCAAGCGAUUUCUGGGAUUCUGGUCCAAGUACAACUUUGUUCUAUCUGCCGCCUUGUCCUGUGGCAUCGCCGUCUCUGGCAUCAUCCAGUUCUUUGCCGUUGCAUACAAGGGCUACCAGGUCUCCUGGUGGGGUAACAACAUUGUUCAAAGCCACUGUGAGGAUCCCUCAAACACUGCUUGUCGCCUUAAGCAUCUAGCAAAGGGGGAGUUUUUUGGUCCUGCGCCCGGGACGUACAACGUCUGA